ACCGUAUAAUUAUACAUGCAUUUGAUUUCCAUUCUUUCUGAUGAGUUGCUGAAUCCUGCCGCAGAUUCCAGUAUGACCUCUAACACAAGUCUCAUUCCCUCCACAGGAAGAUGGCGGGCGGGGGCAGCGGCGCCGGGGCGGGACGAAGGGGUGGCCGAGGGAACUCUGCAGGAGGUGACAGCGGUGGAGGCGGCGGUGGUGGACGAGGAGGAAGAAUUCAAAAGCACCAUCACACCCAGCAGCAGCAGCAACAGCAACAGCAGCCGCUACAUCACCAAAACGGGCCCGGCACCACGAUACAGUGCGGGCCCAACCAGUACCGCCUGGGCCUGUACGGCUGGCGGCGGCGGUGUCUGUACGGGCUCGUUCUGCUCCUGCUGGUGAUGGUGAUCCUCAACCUGGCCCUCACGCUCUUCAUCCUUAGGGUCCUCGACUUCUCCACGGAUGGUAUCGGCGGCCUACAGAUCGUGCGCGGGGGCAUGAUCACCAGCGGGGAGGUGCACGUCAUGGAGAGGCUGGUGGCGGCCCGCAUCUCCACGCCGCCCCACGUCCCACUUCGAAUCCUCGCUGCCGAGAAUUUCUCCAUCUCCGCCAUGGACAAGGACGGACGGACCAACAGGAUCUUCAUGGACUCUGAGGCCAUGCAGUGUACAUCAGACCAGCUGGUGAUCCGCGACAAGCAAGGACGCCUGCUAUUCUCCGCCACGCAGGAGGAGGUCUUGGUGGGCGCCAGGCACCUCACAGUCAAGGGCGAGGGGGGCGCGUUGUUCAGCGGCUCGGUACAAACAGCCCACGUGACGGCGCCGGUGAGACAGUCGCUGCUGCUCGAGUCUCUCACCCGGAGCCUUGAGAUCACGGCGCCGCAGGGAGUCGCUCUGGAGUCCCGCGCUGGCACCAUCUCCGCCCACUGCCUGCACGACUUUAUACUGCAGUCUACGGGAGGCAUGAUCAAGUUUGACACCCCGAACAUCUUCAUCAAAGGCCUCAGAACUUCCACCUUGCCGACCAACGACCAGAGACCAGCCCGUCCCGACGUGUACCAGGUGUGUGUGUGCAGCAGCGGUCGGCUCUUCCUAGCGACACCCCGAGGUGUGUGUGCGGCCGACCAGGAGUUCUGCAAGUAGCGACAAGUCUCCCAAUGUUGUUAUUGUUCGGCGUCGUCCGCGGUGUGCAUGCCAGCAGGUCCUCAGCGUGCCCUCAACGGCUCCUCAGCACGUGUUUUUUGAAAGCUCACAGUGUUGGGAACCCAGUGACAGACAACAUCCGGUACACUGCGGCUGAGGGUCCCUGUGGCUAGAUAAUAUUUACUGCGGCUGCUCCAGUGGCUGCACGGACGGACAGUGGCCAAGGGACACUUCAGGGAGGUAAUUUCGCUCACUAUUUCGAGAGUCUGACGAUGUGACGAAACGUACACUCCCUCUAGACAAAAUAGUGUGACAACAUCAACAGUUCGGUGUUAACCAUUAUGUCGAGCACGUGACUGUUUGUGGAUGUGUGUGUAACCAUACCAAGAAAAUAUGGAUACGAUUUUUUGGAAAGUCUGAAAGGCACGCUGUUCUAAAGUGUAGCCGUGUGCAGCGCCUGGCCGCGGAGGGGUGCGGGGAGCGGGGCGGCAGGCGAGGGCUGAAGGGAGACACCUGACGCUGGCGGUGAAGCGCCUCUUUGUUCGUGUCCCCGGAGGCGGCUUACCGGCGUGUGCCUCUGUGACGAGACCCUGGGCGCCGCGCCUUCCCCCGCCCACUGGGGCUACGCAGACGGUGCCGGCUAGAUGGGAGCGAUACAAACUAUGCUUCAGGGAAUGGUGAUUACCUUACAAGGAAAGCAGAGUUUUACGAAGGGAUUACUUUACGGUAAGGAUACGUAGGAAAAGGCAACCAUCGGGACGGGGCACGCUGUUAGCCACUUGAGAGAUGUAAAUAAUGAAGUGCCCGGCGGCUCGUCUGGUGACCGUCAAGACUCGAAGACAAGAAGAAAACAUUUGUCGUCGAUGAAAACUUAAUAAGGAUCAAUAUCUUAUACAAAUGCUGCAUUAUAAAACUUGGUUGACUCACACGGGGAAAAAUGUGGUUCGGAAAUAUAAUCUCUCGCUCAAAAUGGUAAUCCCAAGUUCCCUUAUUCUCUCCCUUCUUCUUCCCUUCCUCCUCCUCCUCCUCCUCAGCGCAUUCACCUUCUUUCCAUAUGUUUAUUUUUACCUCAGUCUUCCCUUCCCUCUUUUACAUCUUUUCCUCCCUCCCUCCCGCCCUGCCUCCCUGCCUGCCUCCCAUCCGCUUCACCUGAAUUGGCCGCCUCCCUCCCUCCCUCCCUCCCUCGCUCCCCCCCUCCCUCCCACAAAAAUAAAUAACAUCUCCCUUUCUCCCGACACGCGUCCACCGAACCCCCUUCACCUUCGAAAAAUGACUCUCUUUUCUCCAUUCCUGGCCCCUCUCUCACCUUUCCUCCUCCUCCUGCUUCGCGUCCUCUUCCCUCCUCCUCCUCCUCCUCCUCCUCCUCCUCCUCCCUCACUCUGUGGAAUUGGCCUCUCUAGGUUAACUCAGCUUUUCGGGUAAUUGUUUUUCGAUGCCUUUUGAUGUCAGGGGCGAGGCUCGUGUGUAAACAACUGGCUACGUUACCGCGAAAAAUACCCGCGCCGCGCCGAAGGGAGAUAAAAGGCUUCGCUCGGGGAAUCGCUUUAAGCUGUGACCCUUAAAAUUGAUAAAGUAACAACACCGAAAAAUGAAUUACAGGAGGCGUCAGCAGCGGCGCCGGGGAGUGUCAUGGGUUGGGUUGGGUGAGAACGAAGCCAUGGUAGAAGUGGUGAUGGAAGGGACGUGAGGAAGAGGAGCGGGACAGGAGGAUAGUCAAGAGGAUGAAAGAUGAGAAGAAAGUAAGAGGGGAGAGGAGAAUUGGGUACGAUGAUGAUAAUAAUAAGAGGGGGUGCAGGAGGGAGGUCAAAAGGGGAAGGAUGGUAGGACAGGGACGGUCGGGGACGGUCGGGGAUGGUCGGAGAGGGUCGGGGUCUGAUCUUCGGUUUUCGUUUAAGUUCUUUUGUCAUCGAGGAGUUAAGCUGCUGUGAAUGAUGAGGCGGGAAGUUGUUACGGCGAGGGCGAGGACAGCGGUGGGGGUCGAGGGGGGAGGAGGAGGAAGAGGAGGAGGAGAUAUACUGCAACAAAAGACAGGGAAGGGAAGUGAGCGGUACAGGGAGGAAGGGAGGGAAAGGAGGGCGGAGGAUAGAUGAUGGAGAGGACGUGUGUGUGUGUGUGUGUGUGUGUGUGUGUGUGUGUGUGUGUGUGUGUAUACUACUUCUACUACUGUUACUACUACUACUACAACUACUACUUCACCUACCAAUAUCACAACCACAACCACAACCAGCACCAGCACCAGAACCAAACAACCAACAUCACCACAACCCGUUCAACCACUAUCACAACAUAUCGACCAGGCCGUCAGGGGGUCACCAGAGAAUAAACAAGAAAAGAAACUGACAAAAAGAAAACGAGUAAUCGAGGAGAGCCGUUUCACACCCUCUCUCUGCACCUGCCACACCUUGCCUCUCUCACCCCCUUCCUGCCGCCGACACACCCACAAACUCAUACCUCUUCUACCGUUCAGCCUCAGCCCUUCUUUCCUUCACCCUCCCCGGCCUCAGCACCCUCAGCGUCUUAGCACCCACACUCCUCCCACCAUCCAACCUCAAUCACAUCCCUUCGCACACCCUCCUUAGUCCCGCAAAAUCAACCAAGACAACUCAACACACCUUCCGGUCCAGCCUCAAUCUCUUACCCCUGCACAUCCUUCUCACCCAAGCAACCUUAACCCCUCUACAUACACGCACACACCUUCUAACAUCCAUCCUCAACCUUUUCCCUCUCAACAUCCACACAAACAAUCACACCCACACCUAUUCCACCGUCAAGCCUCAGCCCUUCCCCUCAGCACAUCCUCCCAAGCCCAGCAACCUCAAUAUACACAGCCCCUCAACACCCACAUCCCUUUCACUGUCCAGUCUUAGCCCCUUCCCCUUCAAAACCAACACAACACAUUACACCAACACCUCUUUCACCGUCAAGUCUCCUCCCCUUCCCCCAGCACAUCCUCCCAAGCCUAGCAGCCUCUACCACUCAACCCCCAUACCUCUUCCCCGUCCAGCCUCAGUCCCGUCACCUCCUUCAGCUCCCCACACACCCUCCCCGCCCUUCUAGCCUCACACUGUCGAUACCCACGCAGCUAUCACUGUGUCUCCAGUCACGCCGCUCUGCUGACAAACAAUUUAUCUCAUCACGGCCCUUCUACGUGCCCCGCCCACAAGGAGGAGAGGAAAAUACUCACACACAAACACACCCACCCACACCCACACACACACACACACACACACACACACACACACAAGCACAUAUACACAUCACAAUAAAAUUUCAAUCUACGCUGUUGUCCCGUCACAAAAAUAUUUCACCGCCCCGCCCCGCCCUGACCCCCCCCCCCCCGUAAUUCCCCCCACACUCCGCCUCAGCCCCCACCCCACCCCUGUAUCCCUCCCGUCCCCCCCCCCGCCUCGCCCCCCCCGAAGCCCCGUCCCCCCCUCCCCGAUCUCAUAUAUAGUGAAUAUAUUUUUUGUCACCAAGCGAUGUCGAUGCAGGCAAAAUUGUGUCGUUUGUGAAACUCGUUUGGGGCCAACUGGGGUAGAAAGAGGAGGAAGCAGAGGAGGAGGAGGAGGAGGAGGAGGAGGAGGAGGGAAGCGUCGAAUCUUUCUCUCUUUCAUGAUCUGUGUCCUCAACGGUUGGAAGGAACAAGACUGGCUUAUUUCGUUCCUUUGGUUCAGGUAAUAGAGAUCGACCCCCGAAAUCUCCCUUAUUAUAACCCCCUCUCUCUCUCUCUCUCUCUCUCUCUCUCUCUCUCUCUCACGUUCUUUCAGUCCUGUCUCGCACACGUUCGCUUCUCAUCCGGUCUUGUCUGGACUUCGUUGUUCUCUUGCUUUUUCAUAUUCAUUUAUCCAUUUUUUUCUUUUUCUUUUUCAUCAUAUUCGCUAAUAACUCUCACUCUCUCUCUCUCUCUCUCUCACAGACAAUUUCUCUCUUCAAACAAUCUACAAUACUUUCUUUCUCUUCUUUUCUCCCUUGCUCAUCCUCUCCGGCUUUCCUCUCUUCAUUGUUUUCAUUUAACUUUUUAUUGACUUUUCUUGCAACAUAACAUUUUUUUUUCUUUCCACCCGUCAGACACGAUUUUUGUUUCAUAAUGUUUUGCUGUUAUAAAAUCAAGUUGCUCUGUUUUAUUAAGCCACGCUACAUUUUCUCUUUCCCUUUCUCUUUCUCUCUCAUUUUAUUCUUUAUUCUUUUCUUCUUUUUUUUUUGCCUCCAGUCAUCACACGUUUUUUUUUUGUCUCAACGGCUUCAUCGUGUUUCCUUGUGUAAUCCUCAUCUCCCUCUCUCCCUCUCUCCCUCUCUCCCUCCCUCUCGCUCUCUCUCUCCCUCUCCCUCCCCCCCCCUCCGUUUAUUUCCUUCCUGCCUUGUUAUUUCUGUCUAUCCCGCUUCCUUUGUCAGUCUCGGUUGGUCUAUCUGUCUCUCUCUCUAUCUAUCUAUUUAUUUAUCUAUCUACGCACAAACACACACACACACACACACACACACACACACACACACACACACACAAAAGUCAAACAAGCACACGCAUGAAAAAUAAAAAUGAAAGUUCAAAUUAUUAUGAUUCUAUUCACUACAAUACCGGAGCAGCAGCAGCAGCAGGACCAGCAACAUACAAUAACAAUAGUAAUAAUAAUAAUAAUAAACAUAAUAGUAAUAAUAAAAAUAAUAAUAAUAAUAAUAAUAAUAAUAAUAAUAAUAAUAACAAAAACCGCCGGCCCAGCACGUGUAUGGAAACAUUCUCCUUGUAAUAUUUCGGAAUUCGCUUCGACCGACUAUUGUUUGCUUAUGAAUAUUCAAGUGAUACCGAGCAAGACCGUGUUCUUGAUUAAUUUGCUUGGUGGUAAUACUCGGCGGACGUAAUAUUGACGGAGGCGGCGGCGGUGGCGGCGGUGAUGUGGCCUUUGUAUUAUGGAAAGGAAAUUACGACUUCUCUGAGUUCAGCAGGAUGAAAAAUAAAAAUAAAAAUACCGGGAGUGAGUUUUUAAAUACUACAGUCAUAUACAAAAUUAAUUUGAAAUUGAUAUUAUCAUUAGCAGAAGUAGUGUACCUGUUUUAAUUGUCCACAUAGUAUUAUCAUUACGCAUUAUUAUAGUUAUUAUAAUUAUUUUACUAUUUUUAUCAUUAUUAUUAUGUAUAUUGUUAUAAUCGUUAUUAUUACUGUUAUAAUUAUCUCUAUUAUUAUUAUCAUUAUCAUAUUUAUCAUCACUAUUAUACUCAUUAGCAUAAGUAUUAUUGGUUGUAUUGGUAGUAUUACCUGAAGCAGCAUACGACAAUACCUCUUUUAACACGGACUGUUCAAUGAACGAAACUUGUAUAAAGAGAGUUACAACUGCAUCUGUCCAAUGAUGAAAAAACUGUAUAUGACAACAUUACGCUGACUCACAAGUAAACGAUUAUGAAUUUCAUCAAAGAUUCUCUCUCUCUCUCUCUCUCUCUCUCUCUCUCUCUCUCUCUCUCUCUCUCUCUCUCUCUCUCUCUCUCUCUCUCUCUCUCUCUCUCUCUCUCUCUCUCUCUCUCUCUCUCUCUCUCUCUCUCUCUCUCUCUCUCGAGCUCUAGUGGGUGCUCAGAGUUGUGGGAUGGGAAGCACGCGCACAAGCACACACACACACACACACACACACACACACACACACACACACACACACACAAACAAACAAAAUGAAGUGUUUGAUGACUAAGAUGGCUGGGUCAGCGUCCUGCCGGCCGCCUCAGCAUGAAGGAGAGUGUUUCACUGUUUACUGUCACGAUCCACCGCCGUGCACAGACUGGAUGUUAAGUUAGUACUGCCGUUAUACGUCCCACGAUGAGGAUGCUAAUGUAUGUUCCACCACGCCCUCAGAGUAUACGUGUGUGUGUGUGUGUGUGUGUGUGUGUGUGUGUGUGUGUGUGUGUGUCGUGUUCACUGUUGCAGGAGCAAGUCAGGUGUGUGUCAAGGUGCCGGCGUUGUGUUCCCGUCACUCACGAAGGUGUGUUGCGUGUUUGUAUGCUUUGUUGACCUCGUAGUGUGUAGACCAUAAGCUUAGCAUUAAGGAGCAGCGGCUGAACAUUUCUGGGUGGAACACGAUGUUAUCAACUGAAUGGUAUAAGUAACCUGUGCCACAAGGUGUGUGUGUGUGUGUGUGCUUACAGCAGCGUCCUCGGCGGAGGCUUGGAGGCUGCGUGGCCAUGUAACAAGCAUGUCAGACUCAACAGGUGAGAACAUGUCUCUUGGUUUUCUUUCGACGGUCCACAACGCCAGCAGAACUCGGACUCUCGGUGAUGCACGGUGUUAAUUAAUAUCUGAUGCAAUGCUCCCUUUGCCUAUGAAGCUCAGGAUCGCAAAUUUUUUUUUCACGAUUACAUUUCUUUUUAUCACAAUUGUUCUCACCGUUUAUUACCCGUUAGGAGUAAAUUAUCUAUUAGGCAAGAAAAAGACAGCAGGUGUGGCUGUCACUCUACCGCCGCCAUACCCCCUCGCCGUGAGACAUGUUGUUUCACCUCCUUCCUCCCUUCAUCGCACUCGAACCCCGGAACAACCCUCAAACCGAACGCUGGAUCACCACGCCAGAGGUCGCCGGCCAGAGGCUUUGUGAUUGUUUGCUGUUCACCGCGGCAGUGACUCUAACCAUGCACUCACCGAAUACCUGUGUAAGCAUCGGUGUAAGUUUUACCAACGGGUGGUGUAAGCGCGAUACAUGUGUGUGUGUGUGUGUGUGUGUGUGUGUGUGUGUGUGUGUGUGUGUGUGUGUGUGUCGCUUACUGUCACCAAAGAUGUUUGAACUAUUUCGAAUCUUUGAAAUGGAUACUCGGAAACCUUGAGAGCCUGUGUGUACAUACUUAUACGCUUACGUCAUGGCGCGGCCUCAACGCCUGGCUGCCACGUUGAUGUGCUUUGUGAGACGGGCGGGAAUGCAUGACGUAUACAUAAUACAAAUACUCGCGUUCUGCUGUAGUGGAUGACUCGGUGCCGGCCGCUUGCUGGGGCGGGAUGCGGGAGUCGCCCUGAGGCGGUGUGGUGCAGUGUGGUGUGCCCCGCGCGAGGCGAGGGCGUGCCGUGGUGGCCAGCCCUGCCCCUCCCCCUAGCGUUACUGCUCCUUUUCUAUAAUGUUACUUGAGCUUCGUUGUUACGGUUGGGAUACCAGAUGCAGGAUUUAUAUCGAAGAAAAAAAAGGUUUCAUUUUGUGUAUAUAAAUGUGAAAAAAAUAAA